AAAUUUCAAUUAGAGACCUUAGAUUUGUCAGGUCAAGGAGAUGGUGGAGUGUUUCCCAAGUUCCUCUAUUAUCAGCGUAAGUUAGAGUAUGUUGAUCUGUCAGAUAUUAAAAUGAAGGGAGAGUUUCCACAUUGGUUGAUUGGAAACAAUUCAAAAUUAUACACACUUUACUUGCCUAGUUGUUCUCUUUUAGGGCCUCUCCACUUGCCAAUUCAUUCCCAUGUGUAUUUGUCAGACUUAGAUAUCUCUGACAACAGCUUCAACAGUCCUAUUCCAACAGAAAUUGGAGUACAAUUUCCAAAUUUAAAUUUUCUAAACUUGUCUGGGAAUGGUCUCAUUGGUGACAUUCCUUCAUCAUUUGGGAAAAUGAGCCAAUUGAUAAAAUUAGACUUGUCCAACAAUCGACUAUCAGGCAUAAUACCCCAAGACUUGAUUGUUGGAUGUAUUUCAUUAUUUAAUCUCAUUCUUUCAAACAAUAAUUUGCAAGGCCAAAUAUUCCCAAAACAGGCUAAUUGCAAAGAAUUGGAUCGAUUAUUGUUGGAUGGCAAUCAAUUCACUGGAAGUAUCCCAUAUAGCAUACUUAACUGCACCUUGUUGAAUAUGCUGGAUGUGAGUGAUAAUCAUCUCUUUGGUAGCAUUCCUGGUUGGAUAAGGAAUAUGACUUUUCUUCAAGUCUUGGAUCUAUCAGAGAACAAGUUCUCUGGAACCCUACCAUCUAGCUUUGUCCUUCCACAGAUCAGAGAAGUUUAUUUAUCGAAUAAUAGGCUACAAGGACCACUGACAAAUACAUUUUACUAUUGUUCUGAAUUAAUGACAUUGGAUCUUAGUCACAACUAUUUCACUAGAAGGAUUCCAGAUUGGAUUGGCAAGUUUCCAAAAUUGAGCUAUCUUCUUUUGGGUUAUAAUAAUCUUGUAGGUGAAAUACCAAUUCAGUUGUGCAACUUAGGCCAAUUAAGCUUGGUUGAUCUUUCUAAUAAUAAUCUUUCUGGCCAUGUCCUCCCUUGCAUAACCGCUGCUAGCAAUAAGGUUAGGCAAGAAGAAGUUGGCACGUAUAUGGCUUCAUCUCCAGCUUAUAUGAAACAACCUUUGGAGUUUACAACAAAGAGUAUAUCGUAUUACUUCCAAGGAAGCAUUCUCAAGUACAUAUCAGGGCUUGAUCUGUCCUGCAACAAUUUGACAGGUAAAAUUCCUGCUGAAAUAGGAAAUCUUAGCAUGAUCCAGGUGUUAAACCUGUCCCAUAACAGUUUGACUGGAUUGAUUCCGCAAUCAUUUUCAAACUUGAAGCAAAUUGAGAGCUUGGAUCUGUCCUACAACAAAUUGAAUGGCAAAAUCCCUCAACUCACUCAACUACAUUGGCUAGCUGUCUUCAGUGUAGCACACAACAAUUUAUCUGGCAAGACACCUGAGAUGGUUGCACAAUUUGCAACAUUUGACAAUAGUAGCUAUGAGGGAAACCCUUUCCUUUGUGGACCUCCGUUGUCUAAAAGAUGCAUUUCGUCAUCAAUAAUGCCAAGAGUUUCAGAGGAUAAAAAAGAUCGUAAAAGAGAUGGUGGCUUUAUGGACAUGGAUGCUUUCUAUGUGAGUUUUCUGAUUUCUUAUGCCAUAGUGUUGUUGACCAUAGCUGCCAUUUUGUACAUAAAUCCAUAUUGGCGAAGAGCAUGGUUCUAUAUGAUAGAGUUGAGCCUCACCAACUUCUACUAUUUUCUGGUGGACAAUAUUCCUUUUGUGUUUAGAUGCUAUUGUAGUCUGGGUCUGCUAUGUACUUUAGAAGCGUUCAACCUUGAUGAGUGA